GCUAACUUCAAGUUAGAAAAACGGAAUUUAAGAAAAGGAUAGUGAAAAAGACGCACUCAAAUAGCGAUUUGGAAAUUUUUGUGCGAAAACCUGCCUAUUUCUUGUAAGAAAUAUAUAGAAGAGAAGUAGGUGUCUGUAAAAGAAACAUUCACUUUUUAAUAGAAAGUGAAUUUUGUCAAAGCACGUUAAUUCGGUAAGGCAAGUGUAAUAGCAUCGGCAGCAUCAAAAUCGCCAGCAACGACAACAACACUAUGUCCGAGGCGGGCGAGUACUCUGUGGAACGCAUUGAGGAUAAGCGUAUUUGCAAUGGCAGAACCGAGUACUUUUUAAAAUGGAAAGGAUACCCGCGCAGCGAAAAUUCAUGGGAACCCGUAGAGAACCUUGAUUGCCCUGAUCUGAUCGCAGCAUUCGAGGAGUCACUGAAAACAAAAAAAGAGAGCAAAAAACGCUCUUCCACAACACCAGUAAAUGAUACAAAAGUCAAACGAAAAACUGUUGAAGAAGAGAGAGAAAACCGCCGCACAAUGGGCUUCGAUAGAGGUCUAGAGCCAUCUAAAAUACUUGGAGCUACCGAUUCGUCAGGUGAACUGAUGUUUCUCAUGAAAUGGAAGGGCAGCGACGAAGCCGACUUGGUGCCGGCAAAGCAGGCCAAUGUAAAAUGCCCACAAAUAGUCAUACAAUUCUAUGAGGAGCGUCUCACUUGGCACACGGCUAAUGCAGAGGAGGAUAAAAAUUCCACUAGCAAAGAACCGACCGAGUAAGACAGCAGUGUAAGAACAAGUUAAGUGCAAACGGCGGAGAAAGUAAUAUGAAAUGCAAAAUCAAAUAAUCUAGGUACUGCAAUGGAAUAUUCAGGAUGCACCUUAACUGAAGAAAUUGCAAUACGAAUAACAAGGCGCGAAAGCGCCAAAAAUCAAUACAGAUGUAGUGUUAAAAUAAAAAUAAGAUUUUUUUUUUUUAAUGAAAUAAAACAAAACUUUCGAGCUGCAAUUUAAUUAAAAAUACAUACUGAUAUGUAGUAAUUUCCUCGAUUUUUUCUAAACGAGCUCAUAUAGUAAUGUACUUUUUUAAUUAGCUACGGCGAAAUUUGAAUCAAAAAUAUAAAUUGAGUUGGUACUUUA